AUCCUUCAUCGAUAACACACACCUGCAAGUGCUCCAUCUCGCUAACAACCCCCAGCUCUACGACAUCCCCAUGCGCCUGUUCCAGGGCAACCCAAACGUGCUCGAGAUCUACAUGCAAGGCAACAGUUUGCAAACCCUGUACUCCGCACAAUUCCCCGUCGACCAGUUGGAGCGUCUCUACCUUGGCGACAAUCCGCUGCAAUGCAAUUGCUCACUGCUCUGGCUGUGGCGUCUUGUCACCGGCAACUUUGAUGGCGAAACGAAUAAAGCCAGCGGCGUACAUGUCACGCACACACAGGGCGAAGCGGCAGUAGCGGCGUUGGGUGCAGCCGAUGCUAGUGCAACGCAGGAAGCCGCCGCCGCCGCAUAUGUGGCGCAGCAAAAACACAAGCCAACGCAAGCAACAAGUAGCAGUAGCGCCACCACUGGCUAUCUACAACUCGACAACGACCGCAUUGGUUGCGACAUUUGGCAGGACAAUGUGCGCAUACGCCGCCGCCUCGCCACCAUGUCCGAGGGACAAAUCACCUGCCCCGCGCAUAUUGUCACCAUCGUCUGCGCCAUUUUCACACUGCUGCUCGUGCUAGCCAUCGGCGCCAGCAUCGUGUUCUAUUUGCGCUUUGUCAAGCGACGCCGAAAGCUCUUGCACGACCGCUCACUCACACGUUCCGGCAAAUCGAUUGUGAACGUACACGAUCGCAUAUUGCAGCAUCAGCCGUUGAGCGCUGGCGGCGCGCUGGGCAUGGGGGUAGGUGGACUCACCUAUCCACAUCAUACGUUGCAGCAGCAGGGUGGCACACAUCAUGCCAUGCUGCCGCUGCACCCGCACGAGUAUCAGCAAACGCUGCCAACACAAGUGGAUAAGCUUGAACUGGAACGGUACCUGGCGGCGCAGGCGAUCGCCAAUGAGUAUCGUGCCUUGAAGCCGUGGGAAGUGCCGCCGGUGAAGGAUGCGAAUGCGUACAGCGAUGAGCCGGAACAUUUGUACGAAAAGUUUGACCACUACGAUUACCCGGACAUGCAGACGUUGGGCAAGUCGAAGCAGGCGGUACAGCUGAUGUCCAGCAAUGAAGAGGGAAAUGCCAGCAGCGGCAAUGGCGUGGUGCUGAUGGGUAAAGGCAGUGGUGGCGGCACGGCGGCCAAGCCACAUGUAGUCUAUGUAUGACUCCCGGGUGGGCAAGUGGGUGUGGGUGCUAAGGGCAGCGCAGGUAAGGAGGACGGAGGCUUAGUAGGCGUGAGUGUGGAUGCCGAAGGUGAGCUGCGCUACUGCCUCAACAACAACUACAGUAGUUAUGUGAAAUUAGUUUAAAAGGUGGCGAGUGGAGAAUGAGUAUACAAGGAUUGAAAUCAAGAAGCAGCAAAAGCGACAAACGGGGAGUCAGAAGAAAUAAAAUCAAAUCCAAUGGAGAAGGUGAAGCGCGUAUAGUAUGAUUACGGUGACCAUCCGUUCUUUAUUUUAAAGGACAGUCCUUUAUUUUAACCCCCUGUCCUUUAUAAUUUUUUU